GAAGCAAUUUUCAAUGAAUGGGAAGACACUGUUAGCAUCAAAGACUGCGCUGAAUGUGCAUGGCGGCAUCCUGAAAACAACACGUGUGAUCUGCAGAGGAUAUAGCGGAGGAUGUGUAGUCUGUGCAUCUGCUUCUGUGUGUUUAGCGAGUACUGAAAGGAAUCUCCACUUCACAUCUUUUCACAGUGACUGGUCACAGUAAAGGGGGGAGUGGUUUAAACUCACAGUUAGUGUUUAGACCACUUUAGCAAGUGGUCGGGGGACUGAUGAAAGGCGAGCACAUGCAGUCCGGCACCACUGAGGUAAAGACACGCUACCUCAAAUUUCUGAUUGCUUUCUCUCCACCUACCAAGGAGGUUUUUAAAAGGAGCCUGCAGAAACUUCAGAGAGCUGUUAACACUUGAAUGCAGCUUGGGAAAGACCUCUAAUGAGAGAAGACUAAAAACAAAAACUAACCAAAAAUCAAUCUCUACAAUCUUUUGAGCAAAGAGUAAUGAAGAUGUUUAAUGUGGAUUUGCUCAUUUUAAGUUUCUGCCUUGGUUUGGGAACACAGUAUGGUGCUGUUGGCAAGAGACAGUAUCAGAUCCAAAACGGCCCGUGUAGCUACACUUUUCUGCUGCCUGAGCAAGAGAACUGCCAAAGCACCUACAACUAUCCUGAUCAAAAGGAUGGACCAAUGGACGACGAGUCGGUUCAGAGACUGGAACAACUGGAGAUGGGCAUGGAGAACAACACACAGUGGCUGCUUAAGUUGGAGAACUACAUACAGGACAGCAUGAAACAUGACGUGCUCCAGCUCCAACAGGCUGCCGUACACAACCACACGGCUACGAUGAUUGAAAUUGGGGCGAACCUGCUGAGUCAAACUGCUGAGCAAACAAGGAAACUCACUACUGUGGAAGCGCAGGUAAUCCAUCACACAACUCGACUUGAGCGCCAACUUCUUGAAAAUUCCCUGUCGACCAACAACUUGGAAAAGCAACUCAUAGUCCAGUCAAAUGAAAUCAGCAAACUGAACAAUAAAAACAGCCUUCUAGAGAAAAAGGUGAUAGAGAUCGAGAAGCAGAGGCAAGUGGAGCAAAAAACACUUCGAGAAGAAAAGGAGCAGCUUCAGUCGCUAAUACUGAGGCAGACGGCCAUCAUCGGGGAACUGGAGCAGCAGCUGCUCAAAGUUUCCUCCAACAACUCUGUUUUACACCAUCAACAGCAGGAGAUAUUGGACACAGUGAACAGCCUGAUACAGAUAUUAUCUACCGGAUCUGUCCAAGAACCCAAAAUUGCCAUGAUGCAAGACACUCCAACCACAUACAUGGACUGUGCUGCCGUCUAUAAGUCAGGAAACAUCAAAAGUGGCGUCUACACUCUCACAAUCCCCAACACCACCAUAGAGUUUAAGGCUUUCUGUGACAUGGAGACAGAAGGAGGCGGCUGGACGGUACUACAAAAACGCUUCGAGGGCCGUGUUGACUUUCACCGUACGUGGCAAGAGUACAAAAAGGGAUUUGGAGAACCGUCAGGUGAAUACUGGCUGGGAAAUGAAUUCGUCUCCAGACUGACAAUUCAACAAUCAUACAAAUUAAAAGUCCAGCUGAGCGACUGGGAAGGAAACUCUGCUUUCUCUCAAUACGAUCAGUUCUCUCUGGAUGGUGAAGCACAAAAUUACAGGAUACACCUUAAAGGCUACAGUGGAACUGCAGGCAAAAUAAGCAGCAUUGGGCAGCCAGGAAGUGAUUUUAGUACAAAGGACGCAGACAAUGACAAAUGUGUUUGCAAGUGCUCACAACUAACAACAGGAGGCUGGUGGUUUGAUGCCUGCGGCCCAUCCAAUUUGAAUGGGAUGUAUUACCAGAACGGCCAGAACUCCAACCGCUUCAAUGGGAUCAAAUGGUACUACUGGAAAGGAUCAGGAUACUCACUGAAGUCGACUACCAUGAUGAUCAGACCGACGGACUUCUCAGCCUUGCUUUGAGCCCAUGUUCGUUAAAUGAAGCGUUUCAAAAAAUGCUGCCCAGAAAACACCAGUACCAAAAAUAAAGGUUCCAGUGGAAGCCAAAGUACUUCAUAAAUAUGUCUCUUCAUACAUAAAUUUCUCCUUAUUUAUGUCUUUAUAAAUUUGAUCUCAAGGGUUUGUGCACAUUAAAAAAUGCUGACAGCUUAGACACAGUAUUUAUACUCUGUAAAUGCCAUCGUAAAAGUUCGACACAAAGAUACGUACUUCAGCAUAAUUUCAAUAUUUGUCCGACUGUGAUCAGAAUACCAGCAGAUGAUAUUGUAUAGAUAGACCAUGGUACAAGAUAAAUAACUGGCUCAAAGUGUUUUUUUAGAUAUAUUCCAGAUAUUUUUAUGAUCUAAAUGUUAGAACCACAGGAAUGUUUUUUUCUACAAAAAGUUUUUUUGUUGUUUUGUUCAGAAUGUAUGUACAUUUGAUGUUUAAUUUAUAUGUUCAUGUUAGGGAUAAUAUUUAUGUCUACUAUACAUAUAGAGGAAAUCUGAGUGUUAGAAUCCAAGUUUCUUAAUUAUGACUGUACAAGCAAACUCAAAAAUUAUAUAUUUUAAUAUAUUCUGAGAGAACUCAUAAAAUACAAGCAGGAUGAUUAUGUUUUUGUAAUAGAAAUGUAUUUUAGAAAAAUAAUUUUUGUUUUGAUUUAACUUAAAUUGUUAACACUGGCUUUAUGGGUUUAUUAGAAAUGCCUUAGAAGCCAUUUUGUUACUUAAGUUGAAUGCCAUCAACUAGUCAGGACUCAAGUUUCCUUUGUGUUAGCUGACCACAUCUCUUUACUGCUUCAACAGGAACAUUUUCUGCAUUGUUUAGUAAAAUGUUUGCUUCGGUUUCUCAAGUGCAACAUAAACAAUAAAUCUAAACGGAUCA